UUUGUCUUGUUUAUAAAAGUGUUGAAGUGGUAACACUGUUGUAUUAUAGUGGCCACACUGACCAACUUGUAUUGUUUGUUGUCCAACACUUUGGAAGCGUAGCUGUUUUCUCCGUAACGUUAGCAGCUAGCUAACUAGCUAAUAUGUCCACACAUCUUUACGUAAGUCGUCAUUAUUGUGUAACUUUAGCUAGCUAGCCAGCCAACGUCGUUAUGGUCUAGCUAUCCACUGCCUUUAAUAGAAAAGGAGUAAGCAAACUGAAAUGUACAGGCUUUAAUCUGAUUAACAGUUUGGGUGAAUUCCAUUUAAAUUCAGUCAAUGCAAGAACUUUCCAAUACAGAUCGUUAAAUUCUUGAACUGGACUCAACAUGUUGGUAAACAGCAGAGGGGAAGCGAGAGGCCCAACUCGUCGAAAAAUCGGUCUCCCUCCUGUCGCCAACCAAGGAAGUUGUUUUUGUAUGGAGGUCAAUGAGUGUCGAAUUUGGUCAACACAAAAUAAAUGGCUUAUUUGCUACGUGAGGUUUAUUUGAUCGAAUAAAAGUUAUUUAAUGUUUAAGUUGUUACGAGUGUGCUGAUAUAAGCAACUUUGAGGAAAAAACGUUUUUCGCAGAUGGCGAGGCAUAUUGAUGUCAUGAGGAUAGUAGCAUAGUGUCUUCUCUCGCCCUUGAAUACAGGCGGUUGACGCCAACAACCCUCAUCGAAUAUAUAUAUUUUUAAAGUAUUACAAUGAGAUGUAUCCACCGCGCAGCUGUGUGGACAACGUCUCCCGUUGUUAGGAUGGAGAGACGUGUAUCUUGUCAGUAUAUCCAUACUCUUUAAGUUAUUGGCAUGGCUGUUUUGACCUUUUGCUUCUGGGGCAGUGGUAUUCAAAGUCGUGGUCGCGGGGAACUUCAGAGGGGACGUAAAAUAUAUAUAUAUUUUUUAACAAAAUUAAGAGUACAGAUUAUUUAACGGGACAAUAUACAAACGUUUUUGAGAAAGAUAAUUUGAAAAAUAAAAUGUUAUUGAGUAAAUGUAUUUAUUGGUUUCUUUGAUGAACAUGUAAUGAAUUUAAGGUUAUUUGUUGAUGUGUCAUUAGAUUUGGGGUGGAAAAAAUGCUGUCCCCAGAAACACUGACUGGAAAAAAAAGGGGGUCCCCACUGAACAAGUUUGAAUACCAUGGCUCUGGGGACAUGUAUCUGCAGCCAAAAGAGGUUGACGGAAGCAUACAACUCAACUGAGCCAUGUCGUCGCGUGUGCUGCUUCGGCAGCAGCUGAUGCGGGAACAAGCCCAGGAACAAGAGAGACGGGAGGCCCAGCAGCAGAACUCUGUGGCUCAGCUCAGGGCAACUGACUCCACCCCUGCCAUCUAUGUCACUCUGCCCCCAAUGGCUGCUCGCCAGCCACCCGCACAGGUGCCCGUGGAGGUGUUGAAGGUGCAGAGCCAUCUGGAGAACCCCACCAAGUAUCACAUCCAGCAGUCUCAGAGGCAGCAGGUGAAGGAGUAUCUCUCCACCACCCUCGGCAAUAAGGUGGCACCUCAAAUCCUAGGUGUAUCUCCCUUGCCACUGUCUAGCUCUGCCCCUGAGAUGACUCCCACAGCCCUCAGUGCUCCAAACAGCCCAAUGGCUUUACUCAAUCUGGGAUCCAAGAAAGAGGAGAUAGAUGGCGUAAUUGACGACAUCAUCAGCCUUGAAUCAAGUUUCAAUGAUGACUUCAUGACGUUAAUUGACUUGGGUCUACAGCUGCCUAGUACACUCCCUGGGAACCUCCUGGAUGUAUACCAUAGUCCUGGAAUGGCAGCACCUACCCUCACUGUCAGCAACUCCUGCCCUGCGGAUCUGACCAAUAUUAAAAGGGAAUACCCUGAUACCAAAGCGCUGGUGAAAGAGAGACAGAAGAAGGACAACCAUAACCUCAUUGAGAGGAGGCGGAGGUUUAACAUCAAUGACCGCAUAACGGAGCUUGGGGCCAUAAUACCCAAGUCAAGUGAUCCGGAGAUGCGCUGGAAUAAGGGCACCAUUCUGAAGGCCUCGGUGGACUACAUCAGGAAGCUGCAGAAGGAGCAGCAGAGAGCCAAGGAGGUAGAGAUGCGUCAGAAGAAGCUGGAACAUGCUAACCACAGCUUGAUGCUGCGCAUCCAGGAGUUGGAGAUGCAGGCUCAGCUCCAUGGCCUCUCCAGUCCGAUGUCCCAUGGCCUGAGUUCAGACCCCUCCCUCCUUCAGCAGCAGCACCUUCAGCAGGGAGACCAUAAACUGGGGCCCAGCGCUGGAGAGGCCUGCUCCCAAACCUUUCUCAGCCUGGGGGCAGCAGCCAUGGCACAGCCUGUCCUUACAUCCUCCCCACCUUCCUCUGACUCCCCUGUGGUUGUGACCAUAAGCAGCCCCCUGGACCUGGGCAGUGUAAGCUUCACUGAGCUGGAUGACCCCUCUAAUGCUGGGCUGUACCUAGACGUGGGGCUGGGGGACAUCAUCAUGGACGAGGGGUACACACUGUCCCCAGAGAGGGUGGACCCACUGUUUUUCGUGUCACCAGGUGCCUCAAAGACCAGCAGUCGUGGGAGCAGCUUCAGUAUGGAGGAGGACGUGUAGCAGGGACAUACUGGGGUCAAACUGGUAGAGCGAGACCAGGGAGUUGGGUAAUGAGAGGGUUGGGGAAAGGAGGAGGAGCACUGGAAAAUAAGAGCUAGAACACUGCAUAUGGCACUGGACUCUGCUUUAAAACAAACAGCCAACGGUUUCACAAAAAAUGACUUUGAUCUGAAUCAUGCAUUAGUCCAAAGUAAAUGGCUAUCCUUUCCUCCCUUACCAAGUUAAUAUUGGUCCCUGAAUUUAGAACCCCCCCCCCCCCUUUUUUCAGCACACCAUCAAUGAUAAAUGCAAUCAUUUUCAAAUGGAACAUAGUAAAAUUAGGUUAUGGACAUUUGAUCUUUUUUAAACUUUUUCUUGCAAGCCUCAACUCAACCAAGAUUUCCCUGCACAGACAUUAAAGAGGAAAUAGAGUGGUGGUUUAGUUAAGUACAGUAUAUUAUUGCUUCAUUGUAGAGUAUAUACUUUGUGCACUUUAACUUUUGUGGGAAGGUUCUUGUCUAUUUAGUGAAAUUGGCAUGAACUACAUAACAGGUGCUUUAUUGAAUUUAGGUAUUUUUUUAACAGAGUUGAAAAUCAGGAUUUCUAUAGCUUAAAGUACACAAGUGAAUGCAUUUUACAGAUCUCAUGUUUGUCUAACAAAAAUGUACCAAAGGGAUAUUUUAUUAAAUAUAUAAGGCACAUAGUUUGUGAUGUAAAAAAAUGAUUUGAUAACCUCUAAAAACCAAAAAAUAUAUAUUUACUGUAUCUUACAUUUCUAAAAUAUUUGUGGACUUUCAAAACAUGUUUGUUGCACCUUUUCCUGUUGUCUAUGCAUUUUUUAAAAGCUUUUGUCUGUUGAAUGGCUAUACAGCCGGUAUGUAACUGAACUUACAAUGAACAAAAUAAAUAUACAAGAAAAGCAAAAGCUGCUGCAGCUAGUCAGACAACGCAGGCCACCUUUCACAGAAUGAUCAUAGAUUUAAGUCUUUAUACGGGUGCAUUUUAUAUAUAUAUAUAUAUAUAUAUAUAUAUUAUAGUCAAUGGAAGUAUAGCUUUAACGUUUGGCACUAAUCUCUGAAACACUGCGUGUUGUGUGUGUUGCAGAAACGUACUGGGCUAUGCAGUAUAUUUCUUAGAUGAUCAUAUGGUAAUUUGUGAUGAUAAUACUAAUAUGAUUAUGUUGACUAAGAUUUCUAUAGCGAUUUUCCAAGGCCUUGUCACAUAGACUUCUAGCUCUAGACAUACAGUUACCUUUUUCUGAGUCAUCUAAUCUGAAAAUGUGUAACAUUCCACAUGUUUUUCCAAGAGACUGACAUCUGUGCAUGGUUAGUGUGUAUUACUCCUCUAGGUCUCAGUCUCAGUCUUUCUUUCAUUUGUAUUGACAAGCUUUUCAAAGAAAAGUACGUUCAUUAGCAGUAUAUGUUAGGGGUCUGUUUACACGUCUGGAACUCUGUUUUUCUAUGUAUUGUCAAUUGAUGCUUCCCAGAUGCUGUUGAAACAUUUGUGCCUUUCCUCCAUGUCAAGGAAGAUGGAUGCAGAGUCUACUCUCCUAACAGGCUUUUAUUUUAAAAAACACAAAAAGAGAAAUGUUUGACACGUGAACUCAAAAAACAAUGCAAUAUGUUUGAUUAUCUGAAUGUUUUUAAAAAAAAUGCAGUUUAGUGUUACUUGAACUGCGGCUGUGGUUUGAUAUGAGAUCCUCUAUUUUGAAUCAUUUCGAAAAAUAUAUAUUGCUGUUCUGAUUUUCACUUAUGGUUCUGCGUUUACUGGAACAGAAACCUUUAACAGCUUUAAAGGGAAUAUAUUGUUGGCCACUUUUAAUUAUAUUUGAAAGUGUAUUGAAUUACUUGCUUUUUCUAUACUCAGCAAUAUUAAGCAAUCUUUCACUCUUUACUGUUUUCUGGUAUGUUUUAUUUUAACCAAAAUAAAAAUUUAGAAAACCUU